AUGACAGACAUCCCCUCUGAGCAAAGCAGCUCCCUGUCGCCGGGAGCCAGGCGCCGCGCGCACGAGAUGGCAGUCUAUUGCAGACUCAUCGUCGACAAUCUCCAACGAGAUGCCGAAUAUGAAGAGCUUGGCGAGAUCCGCUCCGUCGGCGGCGUGAGCCGGUUCGAGGACAUGGGCCGCGGCGAGCCGUGCGGAGAGAACAAGGGCAUAGUGCUCUUCAUAAAGCGCAUCUUCGACGACGCAGACGACGAAGACGACGAAGAACCCGCACUCCGCGGCUCCGAUUCCGACCUGUGGAACGAUCUCAGGGAGAAAGCGGAGGAGGGCCCCGAUGGUAGACGCAAGAAACUCAAGAACGGGAAGUGGGAAGUUGUGUUUGAUUAUAGUGAGUCGAAGCGGUCAAAGUCCUAG